GGAUCCAGAUGCUAGCCAACUUGAAGCCCUGUCCUUACUGACCGCGGGUGUUUUUAAAAAUUUCAAGUGGGCUUAUAAGAAGAUAAAUCCACUCAUGACGGAAAUUCGCUGGUAUAUAAGACAAACUCAAACCUCACCUCAAGCUUUCCUGGACGAACCCCUAAUCCUCACACACUCAAUCCUCGCAGUUCUCACAAAGCCACUCUAAAGCCAUCAUACUCACCCCGACCGAACAAAAGUAAUCUCAAUGCUCCGUCUUUCCCUCUUAGUCAUAUCAUUUAUCCCCUUCCUCUCCGCGUCAGCUGCUCCAGCGCCAUCCGCCCUUGUCUCCCGCGAUGGACCCUGCGAUGCCUUCAGCGAGACCUGCCGGCCUGUCAUCCAGGCAAAUGCCUGUUUCGCCGCGUUCAUCAGGUUUGGUGACAAGUCUACGGUCUUGAGAUGUGUGGAUGACCAAGACGAGGCGAGAGCUGAGGAGCUUCUGUGUGCUUGCUAUGGAUGCGCCGAGACGACGGUUCAGGACUGGGCCACGGGCACUCUGGGGUGCAAGGCAUAAGGGGUAGCUGGGCCAAUAUCACGUAGAAUGAGAUGGAGGCUUGGGAGCAACCAGAAGUUCGGCAUCAAUUGCUGACUUGCCGGUUCGAAGGGCGCCGGCGAGCAGCGUUAAACUGCUCUAUGCCGAGUCAUGACAUGGAAUUCUAUAGAAACUUGAGGUGAAAUAGCGACAACAAUGUAAAACUCAGCUGAACCAGAUAUAGUGUUCAGGUGGCUUGGAAUACCUAAGUACUAU